GGCGGUGGUAGCGGCGCUCGCGGGUGGUGCGGCCCCGCGGGGCCGAGCGCGGAGCGGGGCACAGCCGAGCACAGCCGGGCCGCGGGGAGACGAGGCGCUGGACGUGGGCAGAGGGGGAGCACCGAGCUGCGGGACGAGGGAAAAUCCAGGCCGCUGCUGCACCCGGAAUCGUGUGGCCCUUCCGCCUCCGCCGGGGGCUUGAGCGGCCGCAGCCGGUCGAGGGGAGGGACCUCGCUCUGCGCUCGCCCUUCCGAGGAGGUAGAAGAUGGCAGAACAAUCGAGGAAGUCCUUCAAAGACAGUCUGAGUGAUAUAAAACAACGGAUGAAAGAGAAAAGAACUCAGAAAUGGUUAAAGCUGGGUAAAACUACCCAGUUCUCCACCAUAAAGGCCAAAAGAGCAACCAACACCUCCAACAAAAUGAAGAUCAUUCAAGCAAACAACAGAGAUCUGGCUCUAUCCUUGCAAGAGCACAAGCUCAAACUGAGGGAUGCUGAAGCUACCAUUCUUCAGCUAAGGAAAGAAUAUCACAUUUUGAAGGCUCAGAUGUUUGAUUUGCAAAGAAAUCAUAGGUACCAGCAAGAACAAGGACGUGUGGAGAACCGACUGUCAGCCUUGAAUGAGAUAAUUUCCAAAGUCUCUCAGAAUUUACUGGACUCAGUCACUCUCCUUGGCCCAGCAAAGAACUUGUGUUCCACAGACAUAAAUCAAAGAGUGCUUUCUUCAAGUCCUGGAAACAGUUGCAGUGUCACAGGACCAACACAUUCAAUAGGACCUCUGAAGUGUGUUCUUGAAGAUGGUCCUGUACUUCCAAGCGGGAUGGAAGCUGGUGGUGACAGAAAUUCUUUGUCAAAGAUCUGUGUGGAAUCUGACAGUGACAUUUCCUUUACCAAAAUAAUUCCAAGCGAAGGACAGCCACCUGAUUUUCAUCUGAACAACACCGAGCCAGAGCUGGAAAAUGUUUCUUCAAGUGUAAAGUUUGGAUUUGGUAGCAUGUUACCAAAAAGUGUAUCCACCAGACGUCGCAUUUCGACGAUGAGGAACCCUGAUUUAAUUUGUACUGGUGUCUUGGACCAUUUAGAAGCACCCUAUUCAGUAAAAGAACUUUCUGAACAGGAUGAAAUUAGGCUUGAGGAAAGUCUAGAGAAGUGUGCUACAGAAAAUAUAAAUGCAGCUGUUCCUCACUUGAAUGAAAGCAAGGUUGAUUCAGAGCUGGCAUUGAGGCAGAAAACUUCUGAAACUGCACAGUUCCAAUUGAAACGUAAUUCUGAUCUUAAACAACCGGAGUGUAAAAGCAGAGAAAACCCUCAACGAAGGAAAGCAAAGCAUCAGAAAGGAAAACUGGAAUGGCCACUUAGUUCCCAACAAAGACCAGGAAAACUGGGUAAAGAAGCUUCUAAAGAAAAGCAGAAUUUCUUGGGUGGCAUCAGUGAUGCUUAUGACUUUCAUUUGGAAGAGAGUAUCCAUCUUACACCUUUUCGACAAAACAAGGCAGAUGACAGCAAUACUGAAGUGGAGGAUGAAGAAGACUCAGCUGAAACCAAUACCAUUGAGUCAAGCAGUACUGCAGGUGACUCAGAUGACAGCCUCUAUGAGCCUUACAAGGGUAAAUCAAAGAAAAGGCAAAGUUCAGUGGAUGAGAGCCGUAUGUCACCAAUCCAUCCAAGGCCAAGGUCUAAAAGAUGUUUGGCACAGCAUGAGCGGAAGCUCUGUCAUGAAGAAGAGACUGAAAACAAAUCAAGUGAUAAGUCUUUUAAGCAGUCUUCUGAGCCAUCUCGUGGGCAUCUCUGUGAUGUUACCAAUACAGCUGCAGUGCUCCCCAGCUCUGGGGAUGCAGAAAUUGUCCCUGAAGGUGAAGAACCUCAGUCUCCAAAACGCAAACGGCGAAGCUGUGCUGUUACUGUGAACUACAAAGAACCGAGUAUUGUAGGGAAACUCAGGAGAGGAGAUCCAUUUACAGAUACUAAGUUCCUGUGUUCUCCAAUUUUCAAGCUGAAAAGAGAUGCUAAGCGACAUUCCCAUAAGAAAGAUUCUAUGAAAAUAUCCAAUGAGAUAAUUGGUUAGUUGUCUUUGAGAUUCUCAGCAAAACCAUGCUUCUGCCAUGAAGAAAGUAAUUUCCUGGAUGAAAUAUUUUGUUGUACAAUGUGUUAUAUAAAUAUGUAAAUAGUUGUGUGUCUAGUAUUAAGGAGAUCAGAUUAAGGGGGCCUGGAUUUAUUCUAGUGACUUAUUUUUAAUUAUAUGGAUUGAUUACUUUUAUAACUAAAGUGAUUCUAUUCAAGUUCCUUUCUAACAGAUCUAGGGGUAUAUGAGAAAUCUCUGAUGGAUAAGAUGGUGAAUGUCGUUGUAUGGAUGAAGUUUAGGCACUUAAAAUGUUUUGAGCAACAAAUACUUUUAAUAACUGUGUUUGUACAGAUUUUGUUUACGUGACGGCUGUAGUUUCAUAUCAAAUCUUAUAAUAAACAUCUUAGUAUUUGGAAACA